ACUACAAACAAACAUCUCUUUCUCCUUUUUUUUCAACAAUACAAGAUUGGUGAUUUGAAAACAAUCUGCGUUAUUGGAUCGAUGAACACUGGCUAGACCAGAUAAUGAGGGUCAAGAUGAGUACACCGGUCACUGUUAAAUUUCUACUUUUCGCAAUUACUUGUGCUUCGGUAACAUAUCUAUCAGUUGGCGAUCGUACUGGUGCAGCUGGUCUAGCUACAGUAUCUAGUAAUUCUGUCGCUCUAAUGCUUUACAAAGUGUUUACGACUCACGAUAACAUAUUCUUUUCGCCAUUUAGUAUCACAACAGUGAUCGCCAUGACUUUUUUAGGAACCCAAAAUGAUACCGCUGCCCAGAUAAGGAAUCUGCUUAACUUGGAAGCAAGUGGUUUAAGGGACAAAGAUUUCCAUGAAAGUUUUCAUUAUCUAAUCACGUCAUUUCUGAAAUAUAGCCAGCAAUUUGAAUUGAAAACAACAAAUGCUUUUGUGAUACAAAAGGGCAUUGACAUUGAUGCUAAUUAUAAAAGUGAUCUGGACCGAUUUUACAACGCUUCUAUUCAAGAAGUAGAUUUCCAGGAAGAUCCAGACACCACAGUGCAGUGGUUAAAUAGUUGGAUUAAACGGAAGACGGAAAAUAAAAUUCAAAGAAUGUUUAUGGGUAUAUUAAACCCAUUAACCAGAUUGCUUAUUUUAAGUAUCAUGUCCUUUAAAGGGUCGUGGUUAAAAGAGUUUGAUGAAAGUGCCACACGUUUAGAAAGUUUUUACAAUUUCGGAACAAAUGAAACACAGGUGCUUAUGAUGCACAAAAAACAUAAGUUUCCUUAUGGGUUUGAUCCUGAACUGGAUGCCUUUAUUCUCGCGGUACCUUAUUCAGGCACAAGAUUUCAUAUGAUUUUUUUUCUUCCUCGAGAAAAACAAGGUUUAAAGAAGUUAGAAGCAGUUUUAGAUCUCGAGAAGUUUGAGGAGGUUAUUUCGAAAUUGCAUGAAACUGAAGUGGAGAUCUCGAUUCCCAAGUUUAAACUGGACAAGGAAUACGAUUUGGAAGAUUCAUUGCGAAAAUUGGGUCUCACUAAUGUUUUCAGUCCUGGACUUGCCGAUUUUUCGAAAUUCACUACUACUAAAGCCCUUCACUUGUCGAGUAUCAAACACAGAGCUUUAUUGGAAGUGGAUGAAUACGGGAGUAAAGUCAUUGUUAGUACGGCUUCAAUGGUUGAAACUUUGUCUUUAAAGCCUACUUUCACUAUUAACCAUCCAUUUAUCUUCUUCAUACGCGAGAAUCAGAAUGGAAUAAUACUGUUCAUAGGACGAAUAAAUCAGCUUUAAAAGAAUGCUCUUCAUUUUUCUUCGUAAAACAACUGACAUUAUUAAAGUAAAUUUUGUUAAGUUUGGAUAUCUGAAAACCAGGCUUUUAAAAUUUUGAGAUAAUAGCUGAAGUGGACACACGCAGUUGUUUAAAUAAAGUAUAAUUAACAACUGGAAUGCUGUUUUUAAACCGUUAAUAGUCAAAAGUUCUUAUAGUUACUAUAGGUAAUUAUUUAGUUAACAGUUUUAUUUCAAGUAAUCGGAAACUCUCCAAUCAGCAAAAUUUAUAAUACAUCUCAAUAUUCGUAGCGCACUUCAUAUACUUUUUGCCCAUAAAUGAAUCAGGAACAGAAAAUUUGAAAGUGACUUUGUCAAGGUAUACCUUUCAUUUGUGACUGAACAUUAAAAGUUUAUUAUGCUGAAAAAUUGUAAUUGCGAUGUGAAACUUAUGUAAAAGUUGAUGUUUUUAUCAAAUCAUAAUAUUUGGGAAAGGAGAUAGUAUAUGGAUGUGUGUAAAUAAAUAUAUAUAUAUAUAUACUAAAUGUACGAUCUUGUAU